GGCUGUCGACGGCUCGCAGAAUGGAAGAGAUUGGCAGAACCUCCAUCUACAUCACAACCAGUCAGCGUUAGAGUGCUAACUCAGCGACGGCAAACACUCCCAUUGGGUCUGUGCCGGCUGCAUUUGCCCUUCUUCAGGCAUGGAUUCAGUCCAGGCAAUCCAAUUCAGGCGUCUUCGUGUCUAUUUCUUUGCCCGGGCGCGAUUGGUCACAGUCUAUUUGAUGGCAAUAGCAGCAGCCACUACGGUGUGUGGCUGUUAUCUGGUCCUCGUAUGCACAGCCUGCCGGGGAUCAGCUCAUAGAACCGGGCUUAGGAGUCUUGCCUCCAAGCCCAGCUGGCACGCGGGUGAUCGCCUUCUUCAGGAGUCGACGAGUGCCGCUCCAGCGGCACCGCAGAACGAGCAGCAGAUAGAGUAUUCGCCGUUUGUAAACGGUUCCGUCACGCGCUUGACGUUGCAUACCCCGCGGACGAAUGGGACGGCGGGGAAAGAUUGCCGGUCAGUAAUUACGGACCUGGUGGUAGGCUCGGGUGAAUUGUAUUAUAUCCUGCACCAGUACUGUCCAGUGGAUGGUACUUUCAAGGAUCGGGCGUUGUCGAGUAGGAGACUGAACUUAUCGCAGGUGCACGAUGGCAACGGUUCGAGCCCGCAGGAGGAGGACGACUCCUUGAUAAGUCACAUGUGGCCAUUCGGGCAGCCGAACGGGAUAAUAAUCCGCGAACCAGCGGAUUUUGGAGAUGCUCACGUGACAGGAAUGGGUCUGUCGAAAGAUAGAAUGCAUCUCGUCUUGAGCGUAACCAAUGGGGACCCAAAAGUAAUAUUGGACAGUGGAACCAUAUCUGGUGACCAAAAUCACUCCAGGUUCACAUCUUUGUCGCUCGCUGACGGCUCGCGUUCGUCCUCCGACCCUUUGCGCACAUUGGUCCAGGCGUGGGCGUUAGAGUCUAACAAGGGUUUUCUUUACUAUUUGCAACUUGAUUCCGCAUUAAUUAACGUCACCGUUAAUGAUGUCGGGCUUCCAAACGGCCCUCUGAACCAGGUCACCCCUUUGGGCAUCCAAACGGGUAUCCAUCCUGACGAGGAGUUCCAAUCUGGAAGCCUUCUCUCUGACGGUAGUUGCCUUUACUCCGUGACUUCUAAUGACGGGUUGUUCGGGAGGAAGCUUGGGGAUGGACACUUCGACCACUUUACAAUGGCAGGCCCUUACGGUCCUUUCCUGGGGAAAGAGAUGGACGUGGUUGCAACGCCUCACGGAUGUCACGUGUUCACGACCGCAAACAACACAGUUGCGGUCUUCAAACUCUGGUGGCCCUGCAGUGGUUUCAACGAAAAGCGGGUACUCCCACAUUAUUUCGGAGAAGCAGAUGUUACGGCAUUGGCACUCGGUAACGACAGUGACGGCUUAAGCCUCUACGUUGGAACCAGCGAUGGCAGCGUGUAUCGCGUUCCGCUGAACGGGUCGGAACUGAGCCGUUGUGAAAACGAACUGUACAUGGGAGGAGACAGCUACAGGCUGAAUUAUGGACUUGCACUGAGUUUUUUUCCUGUUAAUCUGCCAUCGUCGGGACUCGCAGGCUUUGGUUGGGAACUGCUGUCGGGUUGCACGGAGAAUUUUAGCGAAACCUAUCGCAUCGGGGACAAAGGGGCGUUCGGGAAAGUAUACAGGGGCUCGGUCGACGGCAAGGACGUGGCAAUCAAGGUGAUGACCGGUGAGCUGACGGACGUGAAACGGAACCAGUUCGUGGCGGAGGUGAACACUCUCAGUGCAGUUAAUCACGUCAAUCUCAUCCAGCUCACUGGUUACUGCCAGGAGGGCAACCAGUGCAUCUUGGUGUACCCGUACUUCAGAGGCGGAUGCUUGCACGAACGGCUGUUCCCUCACACUGCUAACCAGAGGGAACACGCAGAGGAGUCUCCUCCGCCGCUCACUCUCCAGGAGCGCAUCAGCAUUGCCUUCCAGAUUGCCAGGGGGCUCCAGUACCUACACGAUGAUGCCAAGCCUCCCAUCAUUCAUCGGGACAUCAAGAGCAGCAACGUCCUGCUUGGCGAUGGCUGUGGGGACAGACUUUACGUAGUCCUGGCUGACUUCGGACUGGCGGCCAUCGGGGAGAGGGUGCUGGACACAGGGCACGACCACAUUGUUAUCACAUCUCACAUUGGUGGCACCUUCGGGUACAUGUCGCCGGAGUACAUGCUGAGGGGCGAGCUGUCCGAGAAGAAUGAUGUGUACUCCUUUGGGGUUCUUGUACUGGAGCUGCUGACGGGAAGGAAGGUGGUCACACGGGCGCCGUCUGGGGUGGGAUGGCAGACACUGGUGGACUGGGUGAAGCCUUUCCUUCGGGSCGACAGUGAAACAGCCCAAGACCCGAGCCUGGACAUGCCACGUGCUAUUCUUGACCGCUGUUUGUGGGAUCAGAUGGCGGGAGACUCUACGACGCAGAUGGUGAUGAACGCUUUCAGACUGGCGUGGGAAUGUGUCCAUGAGGACUAUGGGUCAAGGCCGGCAAUGCGAGCUAUUGUGCAGCGCUUCCACAGCAUGCUUCUCGAUGUAGGAUGGGACUUCUUGAUCAGAACAAUGGACAUGGAGUACCUUCUGGCGAUGUCAGAGCCAGAGGAUACCAUCUGCAAGCACGAUGAUGCUGAGUCACAAGAGCAUCACGAAGUAUUCCUAGAGUGAGGGAAAGGAUGAGAACUGUGAAAUUUAAUACUCUUUUUGAAAUAUAUAUAUGAAUUCAUUUGUGUCUUAGCGAGGGGUAGCCACUAGAAUUGUAGUAUUGGGUAGAUCUCUAGCUCCUGAUCUGCUUAUUAACUGUUACAUGGAGUCUGCCUUGCGCACAGCCGGCAGGCUGGAAGGUGUUUAAAUCUUUCACUUGCUGGCAGGUGAAAGUCACUGUGCGGGCGAAGACCUGAAACUGCUAAUAUUUCGAUGUGUGGAACAUUCAUUAGGUUCAGCGAACGUUAUCUUAGAGCAAGACCGGGUAUGCACUGGACGUCUUGCCAUUGGCUUGCCAUUGCCUGUCCCGGACGUGUAAAAGUGUUAUGGCACUGUAGCAUUGGGCUUGUAGUAGUUGUCACCAACACCGCAUUCUGGUACUGAAUCUUCUCAAUUUAAACGACAGACUUUAAUAGUGUUUAAAGUAAUUGCGACGGCCAGAGAUCAUCUCACAAAUGAAAUGAGUUUCAAAAAAAAAAAAAAGCAAAUCAAAGAGUUCAGAAAUC